AUGGCUUCCGCAGUGGAGAAGAAGCGGGAAAGACGGAGGCAGUCCUCGUCAGACGAACCAGACUCCGUCACGCCUGGGCACGCAGGGCAGCAUGGAAAGAAUGGAGAUGAAGAGAACGCUCCAGAGGCGGCGGUGGCUCGCAAGAAGCGCAAGGUGUUGCAGCACGAAACGCUGUACCUCAGCAACCUGCCGAAUGCCGAAAGGUAUUACAAGUCUUUGAUGCACAGGGAUGUGGUCAACUUUGUCACCGUCACGCGCAACACCAACUUCCUCAUCACGAGCUCGGUGGAUGGACAUGUGAAGUUUUGGAAGAAGCAGGAACAGGGAAUCGAAUUUGUCAAACACUACAGAGCUCACUUGGCACCCGUCGUGGCCGUGAGCGCCAGCUCGGAUGGCAACCUUUUCGCCACGGCUGCGAGCGAUGGGAGCGUCAAGGUGUUUGAUGUGCAAAACUUCGGUGAGUCUGAGGCCAAAAGGAAGCACAGAAGGAUGGGGAAAGGGAACUGAUGCACGCCUGGCCGCGCCAAACGACUGUGCCCUUCCAGACCUCAUCAACAUGCUCCAGCUGCCGUACGUGCCGCGUGCCUGCGCUUGGGUUCACAAAGGAGGUCGAGCUGGCACAUUGUUGGCAGUGUGAGUCAAUGAAAUAAGGCGCACUUGGCGCUUGAGGUGAAGCACAAGCUGACAUGAUCCUUCCGCUGGCUCACUGCAGAGCGGAGCAGGGGUCCAGCACUGUUCGAUUUUACGACGGAAGAGGUGAAGGGACACCGUCAGCAGAGGCGACAGGCGUUCAUCGUGCACCUGUACAUCUCUUGGCUGUGAGUCUGCGUCUUUCUCCACACGAAAAUAUCGCCUUGGCUCAUAGGGCACGUCCGUUGCGGUGAAACAGUACAAUGAGCUGUACGAUUGCAUAGUAUCCUCAGACACCUCUGGCAUGGUCGAAUACUGGAGCCCGAAGGAACCGUACUCGCUCCCCAAGCAUUCGAAUUUGUGGCAGUACAAGAGUCAAACAGACUUGUUCGACUUCAAAAAGGUGAGUGACCGUUACCGUGCUGCUCUUGCACGACUUGAGGAUUCGCAGCUGACCUGGAGAUGCAUCUUGGCCCACAGUCCAAGUCUGUACCCGCGACUCUUACAUUUUCGCUUGACUUUUCCCGCUUCAUCACGCUCUCUCCGGCAGACCGCCAAGUGCGUCUAUUCGACUUCGCAAGCGGCAAGCUGCUGCAGAAGUAUGACGAGUCUUUGGCCGCUCAGCAAGAACGGCAAGCAAAUGGGGACGGACCUGAUAGAUUGGACGAUAUGCAGUUUGGAAGGCGUUUGGCUUUGGAACGUGAUAUCGAUGCUAGCUGUGCCGAUGCCCUUGGCGAUGCUGUCAAGGCUGCCAGUGGGGCGUGCACAGCUAGCGCAGCAUUUGAUGAAAGUGGCAACUUCUUGAUAUAUCCCAGCAUGUUGGGUAUCAAAGGUGAGUGAAAGAGCGUUGCUGAACUACGAUGCCGUCGAACACGAGUCUUAUGUUACGUCACUCUCUUCGCAGUCGUCAACAUCCUUAGCAACGAUGUGGUCAUGAUCCUUGGCAAAGACGAAACGAUGCGCUUCACCAAUAUCGCGCUUUUCCAGGGCAUCGCAAAGCAAAAGGCGCCGAAGAGCAUCGUGAGUUGCCAUGGGCUGCGGUAUCACGAUCUUUAAAGCGCUCAAAACGUCGCUCUUCCUCUGCCUGCCUCCACACAUUAGGCCCUGGCUGCUUCUGAUAAUCCACUUGCAAAUGAGAAGGAUGUCUUGGAUCCCACACUUUUCUGCACGGCAUUCAAGCGUGCUCGGUUCUACCUCUUCACACGAAACGAGCCGGAGAGGUGAGCAGACUGGAUUUUUGAUACCUCUCGACCUGAGUAGCCAGCUUAUGCAUUGAUGCAUGUCUGCUUUGCUGCACCACAGUGAUCCUCGAUCCCGAAGCGGAGCUGAUCGAGACGUAAUCAACGAGAAGCCGACGCGGGAAGAACAGACGAUAGCGGCGGCCCAGCAAGGCAAAGCGUCACGCAGCAAGGUGGCCUCCACCGCCGUGCUGCACACAACGAUGGGUGACAUACAUCUUCGUCUUUUUGACCAGCAGGUCGCCAAGACGGUGGAAAACUUUGUUGGCUUGGCUAGAAAAGGUUAUUACGACGGCGUCAUAUUUCACAGGAUCAUCAAGAAGUUCAUGCUGCAGACUGGCGAUCCUCUGGGGGACGGAACCGGGGGAGAGAGCCUGUGGGGCAAGGAGUUUGAGGAUCAAUUUGUCAAGGAGCUGAGGCACGAUAGGCCCUACACGCUGAGCAUGGCCAACGCUGGGCCCAACACGAAUGGUACGUCCGCAGGCCGGCGCUGGGACAUUGCAGGCUGUGCGCGAGGCACUGACGCUGGUUUGCUACUGUGCGCACAGGGUCACAAUUCUUCAUCACUACCGUUCCUACUCCUUGGCUGGACAACAAGCACACCGUCUUUGGCAGAUGUGUGGCAGGCUUGGACGUGAUACACGCCAUUGAGAAUGUCAAGACGGACAAGAGCGACAAGCCUAGGGACGACAUCAGUGAGUGCUUGAUGUGCAAUGUAGAGCCGCUCUUCUCCCGCUCUGAACUGAACACAGCUCAUGUCGUGUCGGGGUGUAGAAAUCGUCAACAUUACCAUCGGAACUUAG